GCGAACGCAAAACGUAAACGCUGGAUUAUUUAUGUUUCAAUGGAGUAACGCUGUAAUUAAAAGUAAAUUUAAUUGUAAGUAGCUUGUGUGCUGCGACGGCACCUGAGUACUGUAUUUCAAAUGCUACUGCUUUAACAACGUAAAACGCUUUCAUAAACUACGAACAAUAUCUAACGCAAAAUCAUAACACUGCACUGCAGCGGGAUUUUUGGAUGAAAUGAACAUGAUUCUGAUUUAUCGCAAACAGUUUUGAUUAUGGAGGUUUUUGAGGCAGUUUUGCUUUCGUCUGGACAACCGCGGAAAGAUUUAUCUGGUUUGCCCGGAAGUCGCAAGAAUUCAGUUUCAUAUUCCACCUCGCGAAGAGGAAGCUUACGUGCACGCCGGAAUUCAUCACUGGCAACAUGCUCGGAUUUACGAUUUUGUGAUCUAAAAUUUGAAUGGUUUUCGAUGUGAACAAUGCUGAUACAAAUUCACAGUUGUCGAUAAUGUAUAGCAAGCUGAGCGAUCUGUGGAGUGCUGAUGAUCCGUGCGAUGUCACUGUAAUCACUGACGACCAAGAAAUCUGCGCUCACAAAAAAGUACUGAUUUCGUACAGCGAGUAUUUCCGGGCAAUGUUUAUGAAUGGAAUGUCAGAGAGUGAACAGUCAAUUGUGAAUAUUCAGGAAGUAGAUGCGGAAGCCGUGGAAACAAUAAUAAAUUUUGCUUAUUCCGGACGGUUGAAGAUUGAUGUGGACAACGUCCAGUCUUUGCUGCAAGCCGCUUCGCUGCUGCAGGUUCCUGGCAUUCUGGAAAAAUGUUGCAAGUUUCUAGAAAAUCAAAUCGAUCCUGCUAAUUGCCUGGAAAUUUCCACGUUCGCUGACAGAUAUUUCUGUAAUGAGUUGGCACUGAGCGCCCUGAAAUAUGCCCGCCUAAACUUUGCGGCAGUGGUAGAACGCGAAGAGUUUCUGGAGGUUUCUUGCACGCAGCUGCUCUCGCUGUUGCACAGCGAUUAUCUUUAUGUCGAAAAUGAAUAUCAGGUGUACAAGGCUGUCCGCUCGUGGAUUGAUGCAGAUCUAAUUAGCCGUACAGAAUAUCUUCCCAAUCUGAUGCGCUGCGUACAGUUUUACCAGUUACCGGAAGAUGUGUUCAAAAACAUGGUCUCAAAGGACGUUAAUAUCCUUCAAAAUUUAUCGUGCAUUGAAGAUGUUAGACAUGCAGGCACUUCGCUUAGGACGAAUCUCUGUUCUGACGAAAACUGCGCACUCUGCGUACUGGGGAAAGGAUAUCGACUACAUUUGCGCGAAAUGCUAGUAACAGUUGGCGGUCUUACUCCUUCCGGAGAGAGACUUGGGGAAGCUCAGGCCUACGAUCCUCUCACCAAUGCGUGGAUUGAGUUACCGGAAAUGCCAGUUCAGCGUUCUGCCACUGCAUUAGCUGUACGGGACAACUACCUGUACGUCACGGGAGGAACUGAUGGGCGAUCCGUUCUUGAUUCCGUUCAAAGGUUUUGCCCGUUGACAAAUUUGUGGGAAGUUGACUUACCUGCUCUACUUUCUACAAGAUCAUACCAUACGGCAGUUUGUUUCAAUGGAGAUCUAUUUGCCAUUGGUGGCUGGAAUAAAAAUUACUCUGUCCUCGAUACCGCUGAAAUCGCUGGAUUUGAUAAUCAGUGGAUGCCGGCUAUCCCGCCGUUAUCUGUAAGACGACGCGGAAUGGGAGCUGCUGUUUUUAACGGCUGCAUAUACGUUUGCGGAGGCCACGAUGGCUUGAUGACCUUACACUCCGUCGAAUGCUUUGACCCCAACGCUAACAAGUGGUUAGCUGGCCCUUCUAUGCAUCAAGCUCGAUCAGACUUUGGUUGCUGUGUCGUGGACCAGUUCCUUUAUGCUAUUGGCGGGAGCCGAAAAGACACUUCAAGCUGCGAGCGUUUGAGCGCCGCUUCGGGAAGAUGGGAACCCAUCGCUCCCAUGAACCGACCUCGCCCACACGGUGCCGUUGGCGUGCAGGUGUUGGGAGGGUGCAUAUAUGCAAUGGGCGGGUCUGACAGAAACGUCGGGAAUAUUUUGGAGAAAUAUGAUCCGCUUGCUAACUGCUGGACUAUUUGUGCCAGUAUGCAGAACAGCCGAUGUGAUACCGGUCUCGUUGUGCUAAAACUGGAUUUAUCAGUAUAUCGAAAUGAUAAGAAUACUCAAGAAGUGGAAUAUUCGGAAGAGUAACGAAGACUGCGGUAGAUGUCUAAAUUCUUUGAUUAUGUUAAUGUGAUGCGUUUUCUUAUUAUCCACGCGUACUACGGUCUUAAUGCGCGGCUUUCGUAAUAAGUUAUUAUUAAAUUAAGGUAAGGUUAA